CUUCAUUUCUAUUUAUUCCAUUCAAAUGUUCAAACAUUGCAAAACAAUGUUUGAUAUUAAGAUGUAAGGUUUAAACAUUGGCGCCAUAAAAAUCUGUUGUCGACUGACAUUUGAUACUGACAAAGGUUAUAUUCGUUUCAGUCUAAAUACUUCCACCAACGUACUUUUAAAAUUAAAGUAUUCUGUCCUAAUUUAAGUUUUAGUUAGAUUACCUUUGAAAUAAUAAUUAAUCCCACAGGCUAUUUAAAUUCGAAAUUACUGUAGAUGCCCAGAGAAAAUGAUAAUACUUCCUAAACUAGAUCUUUUUGAACGUUUGGUUAAUGUCGCUGUCAUUUGUCAGAGGUGGUUUACAUUAGCGAAGAAAACAGAAAUGUUAUGAUUGACUAAACCUAACUAUUGCAAUAUUUAUGUGUAUUCAGAUAAAAUGAAUAGGUUGGUAUGUAUGAAUAGAAGUUUCUUCAACGUGCUCAAGCACAAUGUCAGCAGUAAAUCCAACCUUUUGUGCGCUCCUAAAUAUGGUGCAACAAAUGUUUACUUCGUCCGUGGGACGCAUGAACAGAAGAAAAUCCGGUCUACGAUGAACUAUAUGAUAGCUCUUGGUGUUAUGACUGUUGGAUUAAGUUAUGCAGCAGUACCAUUAUAUAGGAUUUUUUGUCAGGCGUACAGUUAUGGUGGCACAGUGGGUCAGUCAGAUGCAGAUGAGUCAAUUAGUAAGAUGCUAGCAGUUAAAGAAAGACCUCUCAAAAUAAGGUUCAAUGCUGAUGUGGCAUCUUCCAUGCAAUGGAACUUCAAACCACAACAAGGAGAUAUUACGGUAGUGCCCGGCGAGACGGCUCUUGCCUUCUACACCGCGCUCAACCCCACUGACAAGCCUGUGAUCGGCAUUAGCACCUACAACGUGAUCCCCUUCGAGGCAGGCCAGUAUUUCAACAAGAUCCAGUGCUUCUGCUUUGAGGAACAACAGCUCAACCCACAUGAAAAGGUUGACAUGCCAGUAUUCUUCUAUAUCGAUCCCGAGUUCAUGGAAGACCCCAAGAUGGAAUAUGUUGAUGAAAUAGUGCUGUCUUAUACAUUCUUUGAGGCCAAAGAGGGAUUCAAGUUACCUGUUCCAACAUAUGCAAAGUGAACACUCAAGUGUUGGUGUUAAUAGUCAAAUUAAAACUUUAAUUAUUUAAGUAGUAUGUAAACUAAAAUGACACAAUAUUAUGAUGUAAUGAAUUAUUUAUUUCAACUGAAGUAUUAACAACUAUAGCAAUGGAAUUCAUUAAAAAUCAACGAAAAAUAAUGAACAAGUGCUGG